CUCCAGUGUACAUGCAUGGAUAAACGCACACUCUGACGUGUGCUGAGUGCAGGAAUCACAAACAUAGCGACAUACAGAAGAGCUGAUGCAUGACGCCAGCAACCUAACACUGUUGUCUCUCUUUUUCUCUCACACACACACUCUGUCUCUCUGUUUUUCUCACACACUCACGCCUCUUAGACACACACGGCAGCGCAUGAGCCAGCGAGCAGGACGGCACUGGACGUAUCAUUCAUAGAGGGAAUAGAUCUAAAGGAAAGGAUUAACUAUCUAUCUCCAGCCUUCUCCCUUCAAGGACCUUAUCCUCCUCCUGUGUCUCUAAGCCUCUCUUCACCUCGUUUUUUACAACCCAUCAUCUUUCUGCACAAUCCCUCCUUUUUAUCAAAUCACUGGUGGGUUGAAUGGAAGCUGGGGGGAUUGUCUCUAUACAGAAGGAAGGAUUAAUCUUACAUUAAUUAUUUGACCAGGAUCUUGAAUGCAUGGAUUUCUUUCACUGAAGGGGUGGCCGUUUUUCUUCGAUGUCUUGUCCUGUGAGAGAUUUUUGAUCAUUCCUUAUUUAAAUUUAUUUUAUUAUUAUUAUUUUUGGGAUAUUUUCGGAGGAUGGUUGGAGGCAGAAAGCUGUAAGGCUUGUGGUUUCUGAGAUAACUGGUCAAAAGGUGUUUAGGUUUUCUCAAUCGCCACCCUAGUGGAGGCUGCAGGCAUGGCGGUUUGACGCCCCAUAGCGCCGCCCCUCUGACAGAGGAAGGCUGCACAGCUCUGUGUCAUGCCCCCACACACCCACCCCACUAGGGGCAUCGGCCUGCCCUCACCCAGUGAUACUGCACAUUUGGCCAGACCUGCCUUCCUUUGUGUCCUCUGCCUCCUGGCGGUGCUGCUGCCGCUGCCUGCCUCCUCCUGCCCCCCUCCCUGCCUCUGCUCCUCAGAUGGCCUGGUGGUGGACUGCGGGGGCACUGGUCUCUCCUCACUGCCUCCCCUGCACCUCCUGCCUCCAGGGAGCCGCUCCCUCCUGCUAGCCAACAACAAGCUUGCCUUGCUGGGAGCUUCUGCCUUCGCUAACCUCUCCUCUCUGGAGGAGCUGGACCUCUCUAAUAACUACUUGGAUAAUUUACCAUCUGGAUUAUUCAGAGACAUGUCCAACCUGACAAGACUGACUCUGCGCAACAACUCACUCACAGUAAUGGACAGAGGGCUAUUCCAGGGUCUGGGGGGUCUUCAGAAUUUGGACCUGUCCCUGAAUGGACUGUCCUCUGUUCCUGUGGGGCUACUGGAUGAGCUACAGAAUCUCAGGUGGCUGUCUCUAGCAGGUAACAGGCUUCACGGUUUAGAAAGGGCAGCAUUUGAGCCCCUUGCCAACUUACAACACCUGGAACUGGGACACAACCCCUGGGAAUGUGACUGCAACCUUCGCGAUUUCAAACACUGGAUGGAGUGGCUGCUAUACAGAGGGGGCAAGGUGGACGCUGUGGAGUGUACGCUACCAAAGGAUCUGCGUGGGCGAGACAUCCGUGGUGUUCCAGUGGAAAUGUUCAACUACUGCCUCCACCUUGAAGAUGAGAAUGGAGGAGGUGGUGGUGAGGGAGCUCGUUCUGGACAAGGAGGUGCUCCUCCCUGCAGAAGGAACAUUCUUAACCCCAGUGGGGCAACACCAAUUUCUGACAACAGUGGCAACACUGUUGAUGACUCCCCUUCCAAUACAGGAGGUGGAGGAGGAGGAGGUGGAGGUGGAGGUGGGGACGCCCUGUCGGAUUGUGUCCGUCCCCGUUACCGGCCCGCAAGCGUGCGCCGUGCCAUUGGCACAGUGGUGAUUGCCGGUGUGGUGUGUGGCAUUGUUUGCAUCAUGAUGGUUGCAGCCGCAGCGUAUGGCUGCAUCUAUGCCUCCCUGAUGGCCAAAUACCAGAGAGAGCUGAAGAAGAGGCAGCCACUGAUGGGAGAUGGAGAGGCAGAUGGGGAGGACAGGGAGGAGAAACAGAUCUCCUCUGUGGCCUAGAGGAACAAUAGAACAGGGGAGGGUUUAUCCAAAAGGUGAAGGUUGGAAGGGGUGAAAUUAAAAGGGCUCAAAGAGGAGAGAGAUGGAUGAGCUUGCACACAGACAGUUAUGGUAUAUCUCCCUCUCAUUCUCCAACUGACACCUUUCACCCACUUUUUGUCUUCCUCUCUUUGUCCUCUUUCUAUUUUUAAUGUUCUCCCUCUCUGUCCCUGUCUCUAACCCACUCCCUCACAUGCAUACUUUAUCUGCUUCCUGAUUUUCUUGUCCUUUUGGAGCCAUUCUCACUGCAGUACUUGUUACCAACCAUCCAAUUCGCCUACCAACCACCGACUGCUGCUGUUGGCUGCUGGUGAAUUUACCCUUAUAUUGGCUGAGAGAAAAAAAUGAUUUGGUAUUCUCUCUAGUAUGAAACAUAUCAUUUAUGCUCUUACAACACACACAUGGUGUACGGUCAAUCAGUAUUUGAAAAACUGGAAUAAAUUUUCAGGGAAUUACAGUAUUAUCUUGGCAAUUGGACCAGUAUUCACAAUAAUAAAAAAAUGUUGUGGUAUCAGGCAGUGCCUAGUGUUUAAUUUGUUUGUAUCUCCUCCUCAACCUCUUGAAAGCCAGCAGUUCCUCCAAAAACCCAGGACUCCAGCCCAGGACCCUUCACCCUUGUCUGGCCUAAUGCUCCUCUGACAUUCCUUUGGACCUCCAAGUCCCACAGAGUCAGCCAAUGUUGAAAAGCGUGGGGGAAAUGAAGGAGACAUUUUGGAUGUCAUUUAUACUGUACAGUCAACAUCACAGAAACAAUACUGGGAACACAUACAGAUUAUAUACUGAUAGGAAAUCAGUCUCCUGAGUCUUGUAUCUUGAGACUUGUUAGGGGUGUUAAAUGUAGAACAGGAACUGGAUUGCCCAUUCAUGGAUGGCUUGAUCUUUCAAAAACAUGAGGUCAGAGACAAUGGUUGGAUGCUCUACCCAAUAUGGUCCACAGCCGAUUCUCUCUUUAUCUUCUCAUGACCAAUAACAUCCUCCAGGUGUUACAGACAGAACUGCGCAUGCUAGUCUUCAACGGGGAACAAUGCAUUUAUCUGGAGUUUAAAUGUCCUGUACUUGUCACUUUUUCUCCAAAAAAGGCUUUUGUUUAUUUGAUGCUUGAUUAUGAUCAGUAUCUGGACACAAUGAAAGACUAACAUCAUGGCAAAAAAAGCAGUCAAACAAAUUAACUGGAAUAACUUGGGCUAUGGCUGGUUUCAUAAAAGUCUUCACAAUAGUUUUAAUGAAGGGAAUUAAUAGACCACUGACUUUGCUUUAAAGCAAACGUUCUUUGUUCAGAGGUUGUUUCCAAACUGAUUUCACCCUCAAAGGUGAAAGUUCACUACUAUGUCAUGGAAAAUUAUCUGAGAGAACUCUGUCUCUUGCAAGGACUACAAAAAUUCAUCUAAGGACUACAAAUGUCAAACUCCUGCACUUUAUUUCCCUGAUCAGCUCCCCUCUGGCUUUCCUCUCCCUCCUCCCUUUCUUCUUUUUCUUUCUAAAACUGGCAAGUUGACCAGAGGGGUUAUAAAGAACAAGGGAUUAAACAAAAAAAGACGCUGCUAUGUUUCCCCCUCCUCCUUGUCAUACAUUUAUCUCUACAUCCAUCUUUAAACCCAGUACUAUUUAUGGAAAGUGUUUCAUACUUCCUCAAAGAUUUCCACCUCUUUUCUUUCCUUUCACCCAUCCCCUCAAAUGUUAUGCUGUCCCUUGUGUUUUUCCCAAAGGAUCUGCAAUAUGCAACAGAAGUUGUGUCACCAUCACAUGAAAAUGAUUCACUGCCAAAGAGUCCUGUUAACUUAGGAAUCAUCACUUAUUGAAAUAUAUGUGAUUAGCACACUUUCUCAGUGUGUUCACAACAAAAGCUAGCUUGUUUGCUGUACACCGUGUUUUCAAAAAUAUCCCUAUUUAUGUCUUUAAAAUAU